GGCCGCUUUUAGUAGAGAAGAGGAGGAAGUUCGCGUGAACAACAAAAUUUGAAAUAUGUCAGUUCAAGGAGCAUUUGAAAAGCGAUGUCUCACAGCUGGAGCUCCAACUGAGUUGUCUUUCAUAACAACCAGUUUGUCCAUGGUCUUCACUCUCACGAGUAUACCUGGAAAUAUUCUCAUAAUUCUAGCUGUUGUUUUGGAUCCGAACAAAAAUCUAAGAAGUCCGUUCAAUUGGUUGGUAGUAAAUUUAGCAACUGCAGAUCUUAUCGUUGGUGCGGUGACGAAUCCAAUCUCGGUGUACAUUCAUAUGAAGGAGGGAUUGAAUAAAAAGAUAACAUCUGGUGACGUGAAAGCAAUUCAUAUGAGCUACUUCAUCUCUUGUACUGCCUCAGUUUUAAGUUUGUCGAGUUUAGCUCUAGAAAGAUAUCUUGCAGUGAGAAAACCAAAUACAUAUCGUACCAAUGUGACUAAUAAACGAAUCAUAUUGACAGUGGCUUGUAUUUGGUUAAUAUCCUUGAGUCUACCAAAUAUAUAUUUUGAAGUUGGGUACACUACAUAUGCGUUCAUCUUCGCGAAUUCCGCUGUUGCAGUAGCCAUUGUCAUCACUUGUCUAACAUACACCCUUAUGCUGAGAAAGGUUCAAAAAAGAUCUCAAAACGUGUCCAGUAAUAAUGACACUGUUAGAAAAGCUCCCUAUAGCAUUCAAGCACCAAGUACGUCAGGACCGCCCCAAGAUGAAAGAUUGUCAACAGUUCCAACAAACACUCCAAGUUCAAUCCUCAACAGUGCACGUCAGAUGGAAGCCAAAGUCACCAGAAUGUUUAUUGUUGUUCUCAUCGCUAUGUUAUGCUGUUAUGGUCCUUCAACUUUAUUUAUUUAUAUCAUGAAUUUCUGUGAGCAGUGCAGUUGCAUCACUCUUCAUUGGUUCCGUGAUUUGCAGUUCGUUUUCGUCCUGUUAAAUUCAUCCGUCAAUUUCUGGUGUUAUGCCGUACAGUCUCCUCGUUUUCGGAGUGCCUUUACAAAGAUCUUGAAGAUUGCAAAGCGAAAUAAUAGAAGUGAAGAAUCAGGCUUUUCCGAUAUCAAUAAUAUCCAAACCAUCUCUUUCAGUAAAAGCGUUGAGCAAGGAGAAGACGUAAAACAGGGGGAAAUAAAAAUGGAAACGAUAAAUGCAGGAACUAGAAACAAAGGAUUAGACAUUGUUUCUUAAAUAUUUUUGCUGUAAAUACAUCAAAACCUGUCCUCUCCGUUUCUUAAUCACAUCGAAAUGAUCGAAUAAACCAGAACUUUAAACUUAGUUUCCAUUGAGGAAGAAAAUUAUCUUAUGUAUUUCACUGAUGUUUUGUGACUUUUGUGCAGCAAGAGGAAAGUUUAUCACUUCUUCUUUGCUGGUUUACUGAUUAAAAGUGUAACUGGUAUACUGAUUAAAAAAAUUAUACACACUAUAUAAAAUUAUAAACAACGCGAAAAAUCAAAAAUGUCUUGCCCGAUUUUAGGAGCGCCGGACAUGCAGGCUAAAUUCAACCAUCGAUGAAAGAUUUAUCAUACGGAUUCUGUGAUUCAACCCACUAGAUCUAAAAAAUGAUCGUAAAGUUACUUUUGGGGCUGGCUUUCAGAUAAAAUUGGAAGAAGACUAGUUUCCUGUGGUGCAAUGGUCGAUGCAAAAUCAGUGCAAUGGUCGAUGCAAAAUCAAUUGAAAUUGCUCUUUUCAUCAGGUUCAUCACUGCUCUAAUGAGAGGCAUUCCAGGAACUGUGAAAGCAUCUGUGGCAAAAAUCUCUGAUGAAUCAAACCAGGUUCAAUUAUAAUGUUGAAAAUUACCACAGCAAAUACACCUUUCAACUGUUAUCUAAAUACUGCACUGAAUUGAAUGAAUCGAAACCCUCUUUGUCACUGCAGGCAUUAGGUAUGUCAGUGGAACUGACUGCAUAGAAUUCUGGUCUAAUUAUUGGACCUGCUCUGAAGGUGUUGUAUUUUUAAGUCUUGUCUUUAUAAAAAAAUUUUAAAUAUAAAUAUAACCAGAUUUAUAUAACACAAAAUGUACAAAUUUGAAAGUGACAAGAAAACUAUGGAACUAUUUAACAGAAACAUGUAUAAAUUUUGGAGAAUUAUAUUAUAGAAAACCUGGGCAACCUAACUCUUAACAGUGAAUGCCAUAUGGAACUACGUUUUUCUUAUAUUACUGGAUGCAUGAACUUGAUAGGCUUUCACAGAACAAAAAGAAAUAGUAUUUUUAAAUUGGCCUGGUAUUCUAUAAUUGUACCGUAUCUUUUAAUAACCUUUCCGCUAAAAAUACCGUGAACCUGGCAUCUCAACUGUCAGUUUUUUACAUCCGCAUGUAGGAUGUUUGCACAUUGCGAGAUUAAAACCUGGCAGCUCAACUCACAUCCAUCACACUCAGCCAGGAGCUUCAUGUGACGACUGGCACUGGCACUGCCGUUCGUUUUUUAGUUAAUUGAGUCCAUGUUAACUAGCUAGGUUACCUUCCAAAAUCAGCUGUCAAUUAUUCCUUCUUCGCAAAUAGUAUAAAGUGAAAUGUUGCAUCUUGUUUAUAUAAUCAAAAAGGUUAACGGAGAAGCCAUAGACUACAUUUUAUUUCAACUAAAUAAUAAAAUGUUUCACCUUUCUCCAACAAGAAACUGGCACAAGCUAAAAAAUAUAGAUGCUUCUGUGAAAAAGAUUUUCUUGAAGCUCAGCUUGUUGUAUACUUAGUGUAGUGCCAACAAAAACGUCACAUUCGAGUGAUUCGACUCGACAAACAUGAUUGGAGUCACUCGACAGAACGUAAUAGUCAUCCGUUAAACGGAUGAUGAUAAGACGUUUUUUCUCUAUGAUUAUUAAUCAAGCUAUAUUUUUAAGGUUCUUUUUUGCAAACUUUGCUGACUUAGCUACUUCCCUGUCUGGUGAAUGCUGCAACAACGGCCUUCAGUUUUUUCCUGGGUUUUUUUCAACUUCUUGAAACCUUAGCUUCACAUGGGUAUAAAUAUGAUUUUUUGUAUAUUCACUUUGUAUAUUUAUACUCCAAAAUUAGUAAAAUUAGAAAUUUUGGUGGCAAAAUAUUGAAAAAUGCAGAAAAUUCUACACUGCGUGCAAAUUUAAAUACAGAAAAGGCUGGAGUGUGUGAAGAUGGCGAAUAUUCUAUACGUAGUAUAAAAAAGAAAAGUAGUGUCUAGUGAGGCUUUUUUCCGCACAAUACUAACUUGCACAAUACCAAUUUUCAGCAAAAUUUUCCACCUUCACGUGGUAAUAAUAGGGAACUUAAGCAUGUAGGACGGCAACACGACGACGACGUGGUUGGAAUACUCGUUCAAAUAUAUGUUAUGGUAAAACGUUGUUGUAUAUUGUCAACUGUACCAAUUUAAUGAGAUAUAAGACGUUGAAAACAUCGUGUUU